AUGAAAUCAACAAGAAUUGGAAAGGGCGCUGAAAUGCCCCUCGUGGGGUUUGGUUUGUGGAAAGUCCCGAAAGAAAGCUGUGCCGACGUCGUGUAUAAUGCGAUUAAAGCCGGUUAUCGCCUAUUUGACGGUGCUUGCGACUACGGAAACGAAGCCGAGUGCGGAGAAGGCGUGGCACGGGCUAUCAAAGAAGGACUUGUGAAACGAGAGGAUCUAUUCAUUGUCUCCAAGCUCUGGAAUACCUUCCAUGAAACUGAUCGGGUCCAAGAGAUCGCCGCUAAGCAACUGACUGACUGGCAAAUUGACUACUUCGAUCUCUAUUUAAUUCACUUCCCCAUCGCGCUAAAGUAUGUGUCACCGGAAGUCCGCUAUCCUCCCGGUUGGUGUUAUGAGGGAUCAAGUGUGCAGUCCUCGACGGCUAGCAUCCAAGAGACCUGGCAGGCGAUGGAGAAGUUAGUGGACCGGGGCCUUGUGAAAGAGAUUGGGGUUUGCAACUUCUCGGGAUCAUUGUUGACGGAUCUUCUGUGCUACGCACGUAUUCGGCCUGCUGUCUUACAGAUCGAGCAUCAUCCCUAUCUGACGCAGGAUCGGUUGGUCAGGUUUGCGCAGGGAGAAGGGAUUGCAGUCAUGGCGUUCUCGUCUUUCGGGGCGCAGUCGUACCUUGAACUGGGCAACUCGUCUGCUACGGCUAGUCCUUCUCUUCUAGUGCAUCCGACCGUUGUUGCGAUUGCUGAGAGGGUUGGCCGGACACCGUCGCAGGUGCUUCUCCGUUGGGCGACGCAGCGAGGAAUUGUAGUUAUCCCUAAGAGUACAAAUGAGGGACGGAUGCAGAUGAAUUUAGAAUCAAGCGAAUUUGAGCUGGAGGAGACUGAUAUCAAGGAAAUUAGCGGACUGAACACUGGGCAGAGAUUCAAUGAUCCGAUGGAGUUCUUGGGACGAUUCCCAAUUUAUGCGUGA